AUGACACUCCACGGCGAAACAGAUUUACUCAUGUGCCGAACUUUCCUAACAUUGUUGGGAGGGAUAGCCCUUACCUGGUACACCACCCUGCCAACAGGCAACAUUGCGUCAUGGGACGAUUUAGCAAGCAAGUUUCAAUCCCAUUUUGCAACCAGUCGCCCCGUACCCAAAUUCGUGCACGCCCUUGAAAAAGUCCGACAGCUUUCUGGCGAGACCCUCCGGUCCUUCCUAGAUCAUUUUGAUAAAGAGGCCUUGCAAGUGCAAGGCCUAGACCCCAAAGUACAGGUACAUAUACUCUUGUCAGGCUUGCGACAAGGAGAGUUCGCUUACGAGCUCGCGCGACAUGAAAUUACUGACUUAGAGGAAGUCAAGAAAAAGGCGCAGGAAUUUAUGAGAAUUAAAGAAUACAAAGGGAGUCGAGCUAAUGAAUCCCACUGUCAAGAAAAGGCGAUCAGCAAGGGAAGGAAUCAUGUUGAGGAAAAUAGGAAAGGAUACCAAGCAUCCAGCCGUUCCGCCCGCCAUUCUGGGCGGGACACAUCCGAACGACAGUCGCACGCUGUCUUACAAACAGAUUACAAAGAGGAUCCCAAAAGCAACCAAAGGCCCCAGCAACCAAGCAAAGAGGUCGCACCAUACUGCAAGUUUCAUCGCAGUAGCGGCCACAACACAGAGGAUUGCAGGCGCCUCAAGGACGAGAUCGACGAACUCAUCAAAGGCGAUACACAAAAAAGCGGAUGA